AUGGCUUGCUUGGAAAUCUUCACCUUCUUAUUCUUCUUCUCCUUCCUUCCUCAUCUAGCAUCCACCACCUGCCGCGGUAAAUGCAGUUCCGACGGCCCAACUGUUCGAUUCCCAUUCUGGCUAAGAGAUCACCACUCCUCGCAUUGCGGGUGGUUAGGGUUUAAUCUCUCAUGCAACAACCAAAAGCAAACCAUUCUUACUUUCCCAUCUUCCGGGGAUUUCAUCGUCGACAACAUUAAUUACUUGGACCAAAUCCUAACGAUCAAAGACCCCAAUAACUGCCUCAUCAAGCGGUUCCUUGAUGAUGAAAUGGAUCUCUUGCCUUUACCUUUCUCCUACCUUCAUGACUUUGCAAACUACACAUUCUUCAAUUGCUCGCCCAAAGCAAAACAACUAGAUUGGUAUCCAACCCUCUCUUGCCUCAGCAGUGACAACUACAAGGUCACUGCUGUGCCAACGACUCAUUUACUUCAUGCUGUCCCUGUUACUACUCCUCCAUCGACGUCAUCGCCGCAGGCUCCAUCACCGUCUGAUCCUUGCUCUGUGAUUUCAACAGAUAUGAUUCCAAUAGAACAGAAGAAUUAUCAUCCAGAACCAUCAAAUCCAUCUGAGUGGGAGGACAUUAACUUUCGUGUUCAGCUGCGGUGGGACGAGCCUGAUUGUCGUUUUUGUGAGUCAGCUAAUAAAGCUUGUGGGAUUGUUCAGAUGGGUAUACAGGGCCCGGAAGUCGGGUGCCAAAAUGGCUCUUCAAGAGCUGCAAAGAUUGCCACAGUGAUAGGGGUGGUAAUGUCAGGGAUAUUGUGGUUGGUUGGGCUUGCAUUGAGACUGACAAGGAAUGAUAGUCGUGAACAAUCUACCGCAGAGUUGUCGAUUUUACCUAUUGAUGAACAACUUCCGGUGGGCGUAAUGGGGGGCCUUGAUCAUGCAACGAUCGAUUCAUAUCCAAAGACUCAACUCGGUGAGAGUCGGGAAUUGCCCUACUCCGGUGACAACACCUGCCCAAUAUGUUUAGGAGAGUAUCAGGCCAAGGAAACAAUAAGGACUAUACCCGAAUGCAACCAUUAUUUCCAUGCUAAUUGUGUAGACAAGUGGCUUACAAGGAACCCAACUUGCCCACUUUGUCGAAAUCCACCGGAGGGAGGACGAGAUAAGCCAUUGAUAAAUUGA